AUGAAGCUCCUCAUGCCAGUUACCCUCAUGCUGAUCCUCUCCCUCUGCACCCUGGGCACAGGGACAUGUGAAUACGCUUCUGUCCUCACUGUGCCCAAUGGAGGUCACUGGGGCAAGUGGGGGAGGAGGCAAUUUUGCCGCUAUGGCUACGCCAAUGGAUUUGCACUGAAGGUGGAGCCCUCCCAGUUUGGAAGAGAUGACACAGCUCUGAAUGGCAUAUGCCAUUUGCAGGGGUCUCUUCUCUGACUUGCUUUGUCUGCAUAGUGGGGUACCUGGACCAGCUUCCAAGUUUGCCCUGGAGGCUACUUGAUCUCCUUCUCACUGAGAACAGAGGAGUCCCAAGGAGGAGGUGAUGACACAGCAGCCAACAACAUCUGGUUCAGAUGCUCAGAUAAAACUGUGCUAGCAGGUGAUGGACUAUCGUGGGGUAGAUUUGGCCCAUGGAGCAAAAGCUGCAAUUUAUGCGGUCUCCAGACCAAGGUAGAGCCCCCACAGGGGCUUCAGGAUGACACAGCACUCAACAAUGUGAAGUUCUUCUGCUGUAAAUGA